GGGACUUGGCUCGAAAACGAAGCCACUGCAACACUGCAAGCAAUGAUGCUUUUUGUGAGGGCGAUAAAGGUAGCAUCAUCAUUAUUCAGCUGCUUGCUUCGCCUUGGCCUGCAUGUGCCUAUCCAAGCUCUCGUGAAGGCGGGAUUAGAGUGGGCCGAGGCCAGAGUGCGUCUGGGGGUCAUUGGGCAGUGCUUGAGUUAGAGCAGCCCCGUUUAUUUUGUCCAAGUUGUCGUUGGCAGUUGGCAGUUGAAAGAGUGAUGAUCGAUCGAUGGUGCGAGCCUUUUGGACCCUCAUCUCCAGCAAUUCAGCACGGUUUCGUGCUAUGGACAUAGUUGCCUGCUGUUCUCGAUUGGCUCGAGUCGUUUCAGAAAGACAAAAGGGCCGAUUUCCACUUUAUUUGGUGGAGUUGAAAUAUAUCUGGCAUUGGAAGAGUCAGUGAAGGUGGAUGUGUGUUUCAGUAGUAGACAGCUCGUUUCACUCAGCCCCGUGUCGGCAUUUAUCAUCGCAGCUCGACAGCUCAAGUAAUAGAGAAGAGGAUUCUGCAUCUUAUUUGCAACCCAUAGUUUGAAUUAUCUCCGGCACAGAAAGAGGGACGUUCGAGUUCUACAGGAUACACUCCACACAAAAGGAAUAAUUGGCGCAGCAAGACGUAUUGGUUGCCGACUUAUCGUUGUUCACUGCUCCUGACCAGACAUCACGAAAAGCAGCCGCCAGUAUCAUGAAUCGAAGACCUCCUUCCACCGGCAUCGACUUUGAUCGAUUGGGCAGCGGAAACUCUUUCAACUCUAUUGAAGCUUGCAGUUUCCAGCUGGACAAUCUCCAGAUUUCCAGAGUGUCCCCGAACAAUACCACGUCCACUCAAGCACAACAACGUUGGGCUGGAUACCCCGUCCAUCACUGCCGACCUCGGCCUCUCCUUCAUGUACCAGGUCCCUUGCGCUGCAGUCCCAUUACCGAGGAGGACAGCAGUGAAGGUCCCGUCAAGAAAAGAUCCUCCGUUGCAUCAUCAUGUCCAUGGCCGAAGGAUCCCAUGAGCCUCAGGAACGACACUUGCGAUGAACGUCAAAGGAAGAAACGAAAGCAGCAUCGAGAUGACUUGCCACUGGACCUUUCCCUCGCCAGGAUCAUGCCGUCGCCUGUUCCCGUCGCCUUUCCCAAACCUCCAAGAAGCAGAGUGGAUUCAGCUGCUCUGGAAACGACGUCUCUGGAUGAUGCAGUGUCUCAGCAUUCGUCAGUGGCAUCCUCCGAAGGGGUAGAAGAAUCUCUCCCGAUCAUCCAGCCAGAUCGGUUCCAAUACCUGUUGGACUUUCUCCGCCAGGCACCGGCGUCGAACCGAUCACCUCCCACGCGCUUCGUUGGUUCACCAGUGGGCAGCACAGGUUCAAGCGGCAGGCAUGAUCGGUUGUAAAGAAGCAGUAUAUCAUACACAGCCCUCGUUUUGAGGGACGCAUGUAUGUUCAUUAUAUAAGAAUUUAUAGGUUUUAACUUUGCACGGCAAACAAAU